AUGUGUUACUUUGUCCACUCACUUGAUGGGCACGAGAAGUUGAUGGGCUAUCAAAAUAGUUCUUUUUCAAUUGCUGUCUAGGGGUGUAUUGAUAUGUGCAGCCAAAAGGGGUUUUGGGUGAAAGUUUGGAUAUCCAACAGCAAUCCAAAUCUUAUUGGAUGUUUUUUUUGCAGUACUUGUUUAAGACAAGAAGAGUUGCUUCUAAAUUGAGGCUAGACAGGGGAACUGAAACCAGUGGGAUGGCAACCAUGCAUGCAUAUCUUCCGCAGCAACAUAGUGUUAUGGAGGAUUUCCAUGUGAUGGACAUGGUAAUCUACGGGCCAUCGACUUCAAACCAGGUGAGAGUAGCACUUGUAUCAUGA